CUUCAGCAUGCAACAGUGCUGUAGGGACCUCAGUGUGCCCCUCUUCACAGCACAAACAGAUACGUUUGGAAAUGGAUUUGGAGGAGACAUACAGAGAGGGAGAGAGCACAGAGGGGAAAAUUACUCGAGCUGCAGCUGCUAAGUUGGUGAAAAAAGCUUUUCUUGAAGCCCUGAAGUCCAAUGCCUUUGAAACACUGGAAGAGCUCUUGAGCCAAAAGAAAAUAGACGUGGACACAGUGUUUGAAGUGGAAGAUGAAAACCUGAUUCUGGCAUCCUACAAACAAGGGUACUGGCUUCCCAGCUACAAAUUAAAAAUAUCUUGGGCAACUGGACUUCAUCUAGCUGUCAUGUAUGGACAUCUGGAGAGUCUUUUGGUCCUCCUCAAUCACAAAGCUACAAUCAACUGCCGGCCCAAUGGAAAAGCUGCCAUCCACAUAGCCUGUGAAAUGGCAAAUGUUGAGUGUCUCAAGAUCCUUUGCAACCACGGAGCUAAGCUGAACUGCUUUUCUAUGAGCGGGCAGGCGCCCCUGCACUUCUGUACAACACGAACCUCCAUGCCUUGUGCCCAGCAGCUGCUCUGGAGAGGAGCAAAUGUGAACAUAAGAACAAACAACAAAGACGAGGAGACUCCUCUGCACGUCGUUGCACGUUUGGGUGUCCCAGAGCUUGUGGCCUUUUACGUGGAACAGGGAGCACAGGUGGAUGCUCUCAAUGCCUACAUGGAGACUCCCCUGGCCUGUGCAGCCUACUGGGCCCUCCACUAUAAGGAUCAGAUAUACAGCCAGGAUCAUCACCUCAUCUGUCGGAUGCUCCUAGACUAUAAAGCUGAAGUGAAUGCUCGUGAUGAGGAUUUCAAAUCAGCACUCCACAAAGCUGCCUGGAACUGCGAUCACGUCCUGCUGCAUAUGCUGCUGGAGGCAGGAGCAGAAGCAAACAUCAUGGAUGUCAAUGGCUGUGCACCCCUACAGUACAUCAUAAAAGUGACAUCUGUGCGGCCAGCUGCUCAGCCAGACAUCUGCUACCAGCUGCUACUGAAUCAUGGAGCAGCUAGGAUAUACCCUCUGCAGUUCCACAAGGUGCUACAAGCCUGUCAUUCCCACCCCAGAGCUGUGGAGGUGGUUGUCAACUCCUACGAACACAUCAAAUCAACAUCUAAGUGGAAAGCAGCCAUACCUGAGGAUGUCUUGGAGCGGCACCAGGAUUUCUAUGACUCUUUGUUCACUGUGUGCAGCAAUUCACCACGGUCACUGAUGCACUUAUGCAGAUGUGCUAUUCGGGCAAUAUUAUCAGAAAGGUGCCAUCGACAAGUCCCCUUGCUGUCCAUUCCUCUGUCCAUGAAGAAGUACUUGCUGCUGGAACCAGAAGGAAUCAUCUACUGAGCUGCCACAGAGCAGGCGCUGGCAUCUCCCUUCCCGGAUCCAUGUGCCUCUGUGGGGUGCCAGAGAUCCAGGCACGGCCCUGACACAACCCUGGGCGUGUGUCCAUUUGCUGGCCAGCCUGCAAGCUGGGCUGGCAUUUACUGGCUCUCCAUGGAGCUGCUCUCUUUCCCUACACUGAGAAAUCACAGCUGCAGGCUGCAGUUUGCGCUGGAGAGGCAGAGCUGGAAAAGCCCCUGCUCCAAAGACACCAAGGACACACACUGCUUUGUUCAGCCUGGCUUAAACAAUGCUGCUGCUUCCUUCAGUACUUAUACCUCUGCCUGCUAGAUAGCAUUAGAUUAAAUUUGAGCAACCUUUGAUAUUGUUUCACUAUGAUUUUCUUCAGCUGUCAUUUUGGGAGUAAAAGAAAGGAUGCUGUCAAAAAAUAAGCCACAGAAUUGCUUUCCCAGAAUGAAACAGGCAAACCGCUUUGGAUUGUGACCACAGACAGGCCUUCAUUAGUUUCUGCCUUUUCCUGUGCACUAACAUUCAAUGCUAAUUCACUGUUCACUAUCUGUCUAUAUCUUAUAAAGCUUUGUCAUAAUUAUCCUU